CUGCGCAGGGGGCGGGUCUGAGGCCCGGGAGGCGUGUCCCCAACGGCUCCCGCGGCGGUUCGAACUCCGUGCGGCUGUGGUUCGUUUGUUCUCCGCGUCAAGUGUUUGAUGCUUCCACGCCUCGAGCUCUGUAGAGAGUCGUAGGCUUCCGAACGCGGAUAAGAGCGCGGUGUGCGCUGUUGUCAGGAGGCUAGAGAUGUUGAAAAGAUAGAGCAGAAUGGAGACCUGAUCCACUGACUUUUGUAUGGGAGAGUCUUCUCACUUAAGCAGAAACAAAUUUGUGCAAACGAAAGGGGAAAAAAGAAACAUUUUCUCUGCGAUGACAUAGCGUCUCAUUUAAUUUCGUGCCACAGUUUCUUACAAUAAAGUACAAGAAAUUCAUUUCAUUUUUUAAGAAAUGGAAUCUAGUUCAUCAGACUACUGUAAUAAAGACCAUGAAGAAGAAAGUUUGCUUGCAAAUGUUGCUUCUUUAAGACAUGAACUGAAGAUAACAGAAUGGAGUUUGCAGAGUUUAGGGGAAGAGUUAUCCAGUGUUAGUCCAAGUGAAAAUUCUGAUUAUACCUCUAAUCUCUCAAGGUCUGAAAAACUCAUCCUGGAAGAUCUUUCUCUGCCUAACCAGCUUGGACUUUUGAAUCACACACCUUAUAAAACAGUUUGUAAAAUGCCCAGUGGCCGUACUGAUUUUCAAAAAAAACCAAGAGAUAAGAUGUCUUUUUCAUCUACCUCCAUGGAUCAGGAGAUCAGAAGUCUUCGAGAAAAACUUAACAAACUUAGGCAACAAAAUGCUUGUUUGGUCUCACAGAAUCAUUCUUUAAUGACUAAAAUGGAAUCUGUCCACUUUGAAUUAACACAGUCAAGAGCAAAAGUUUCUAUGCUUGAAUCUUUUCAACAACAGGCAGCCAGUGUGCCUAUCUUGGAAGAACACAUUAUAAAUUUGGAAGCAGAAGUUUCAGCCCAAGAUAAAGUUUUGAGAGAGGCAGAAGAUAAAUUAGAGCAGAGCCAGAAAAUGGUGAUUGAAAAGGAGCAGAGUUUGCAGAAGUCCCAAGAGGAAUGUAUAAAGUUAAAGGUAGACUUACUUGAACAAAGUAAACAAGGAAAGAGAGCUGAACGACAAAGGAAUGAAGCACUAUAUAAUGCUGAAGAGCUGAGUAAAGCUUUCCAACAUUAUAAAGAAAAAGUGGCUGAAAAACUGGAAAAGGUUCAAGUUGAAGAAGAAAUAUUAGAGAAAAAUCUAAUUAGCUGUGAAAAAGAAAAUAAAAGGCUGCAGGAAAAGUGUGGUGUAUAUAAAAGUGACCUUGAAAUUCUGAAAGAAAAAUUAAGGCAGUUAAAAGAGGAAAAUAACAAUGGAAAAGAAAAAUUAAGGAUCAUGGCAGUGAAAAAUUCAGAAGUUAUGGCACAACUAACUGAAUCUAAACAAAGUAUUCUGAAGCUAGAGAGUGAGUUAGAAGACAAAGAGGAAGUACUGAGAGAAAAAUUUUCUCUAAUGAAUGAAAACCGAGAAUUAAAGGUCCGUGUUGCAGCACAGAAUGAGCGACUGGAUUUGUGUCAGCAAGAAAUAGAGAGUUCAAGGGUGGAACUGAGAAGUCUGGAAAAAGUUAUGUCCCAGUUGCCAUUAAAAAGAGAAGUGUUUGGUUUUAAAUCAUCUCUUUCUAAGCACCAGAUGAGUAGUUUGUCAAACAAGGAAGACAAUUACAUUGGCUGCUGUGAGGCAAAUAAAAUGUUGAUUUCAGAAUUGAGGAUUAAACUUGCAAUAAAGGAGGCAGAAAUUCAAAAGCUUCAGGCAAACCUGUCCGCGAAUCAGUUAUCUCAGAAUCUUAUUGCUUUUAAUGACAAACAAGAAAGUGGCAAAUUAAAUAGUGUAGAGACAGAACCAGUAAAACUAGGAGGUAAUCAAUUAGCAGAAAGAAUAAAAGACCAAAAUCAACAUACUGUGAACAAGCAAUAUGAAAGAGAAAGGCAAAGACUUGCUUCUGGAAUAGAAGAACUACGUACUAAGUUGAUGCAAAUAGAAGCUGAGAAUUCUGAUUUGAAGGUUAACAUGGCCCACAGAACUAGUCAGUUUCAGCUGAUACAAGAGGAGCUGCUGGAGAAAGCUUCAAACUCUAGCAAACUUGAAAGUGAAAUGACAAAGAAAUGUUCUCAACUUUUAACUCUAGAGAAACAGCUGGAAGAAAAAAUAGUUGCUUAUUCCUCUAUUGCUGCAAAAAAUGCAGAACUGGAACAGGAGCUUAUGGAAAAGAAUGAAAAGAUAAGAAGUCUAGAAACCAAUAUCAAUACAGAACAUGAGAAAAUUUGUUUAGCUUUUGAAAAGGCCAAGAAAAUUCAUCUUGAACAGCAUAAAGAAAUGGAAAAGCAGAUUGAAAGACUUGAAUCUCAACUAGAGAAAAAAGACCAACAGUUUAAAGAACAAGAAAAGACUAUGUCCAUUUUGCAGCAAGAUAUAAUAUGUAAACAACAUCAUCUUGAAUCACUAGACAGACUCUUGACGGAAAGCAAAGGGGAAAUGGAAAAGGAAAACAUUAAGAAAGAUGAAGCUUUGAGAGCAUUACAGAACCAAGUAUCUGAAGAAACAAUCAAGGUCAGACAACUAGAUUCAGCACUAGAAAUGUGUAAGGAAGAACUUGCCUUGCAUUUGAAUCAAUUGGAAGGAAAUAAGGAAAAGUUUGAAAAACAGCUAAAGAAGAAAUCUGAAGAGGUAUACUGUUUACAAAAAGAACUAAAGAUAAAAAAUCACAGUCUUCAAGAGACUACUGAGCAGAAUGUUAUUCUACAGCAUACUCUUCAGCAGCAGCAGCAAAUGUUACAACAAGAGACAAUUAGAAAUGGAGAGCUAGAAGACAUUCAAACUAAACUUGAAAAACAGGUAUCAAAACUGGAACAAGAGCUUCAAAAACAAAGGGAAAGUUCAGCUGAAAAGUUGAGAAAAAUGGAGGAGAAAUGUGAAGCAGCCACGCAUGAGGCCGAUUUGAAAAGGCAAAAAGUCAUUGAGCUUACUGGUACUGCCAGUAACAAAAAUUCCAGAGGAAUGAGACACCUAUCCAUGGAGGUUCUCAGCAUAUACAGAGCUUUACACAAGCUAACUGUAGUUAGAUUGGAAAGAAGGCUUGUCUUGCUAAAUAGUACCAGGCAAGUAAAACUUGAGAUGGAUCAGUACAAAGAAGAACUAUCUAAAAUGGAAAAAGAAAUAAUGUACCUAAAACGAGAUGGAGAAAAUAAAGCAAUGCACCUCUCUCAGUUAGACAUGAUCUUAGAACAGACAAAGACAGAACUAGAUAAGAAGACAAAUUCUGUGAAGGAGUUAGAAAAAUUACAGCACCACACUGAAACUGAACUAACAGAGGCUUUGCAGAAACGGGAAGCAUUAGAGGCUGAACUACAAAAUGCUCAUGGAGAAUUAAAAAGCACUUUAAGACAACUUCAGGAAUUGAGAGGUGUACUACAGAAGGCUCAAUUAUCAUUAGAGGAGAAAUACACUACUAUAAAGGAUCUCACAGCUGAACUUCGAGAAUGCAAGAUGGAGAUUGAAGAUAAAAAGCAAGAACUCCUUGAAAUGGACCAGGCACUUAAGGAGAGAAAUUGGGAACUAAAGCAAAGAGCAGCUCAAGUUACACAUUUGGAUAUGACUAUUCGUGAGCACAGGGGAGAAAUGGAGCAGAAAAUAAUUAAAUUAGAGGGUACUCUUGAGAAAUCAGAAUUGGAACUUAAAGAAUGCAACAAACAGAUAGAAAGUUUGAAUGAAAAAUUGCAAAAUGCCAAAGAACAGCUUCGAGAAAAAGAGUUUAUAACACUACAAAAUGAACAGGAGAUAAGUCAACUGAAAAAAGAAAAUGAACGAACACAACAAAAGAUGAAAGAAAUGGAAAGUGUUAUGAAAGAGCAGGAACAGUAUAUUGCAACUCAGUACAAGGAUGCCAUAGAUUUGGAGCAAGAAUUGAGGUUAACUCGGGAGCAGAUGCAGAAUUCUCAUACAGAAUUGGUGGAGGCUCGUCGUCAACAAGUCCAAGCACAGAGAGAAGUAGAAAGGCUCUCAAGUGAAUUGGAGGAAGUAAAGCAACUCUCUAAAGAAAAAGAAGCUCAUGGAAACCAUUUAGCUGAAGAAUUAGGGGCUUCUCAAGUACGUGAAGCUCAUUUAGAAGCAAGAAUGCAAGCAGAAAUCAAGAAAUUGUCAGCAGAAGUAGAAUCUCUCAAAGAAGCUUAUCAUCUGGAGAUGAUUUCACAUCAAGAGAACCAUGCAAAGUGGAAGAUUUCUGCUGACUCUCAAAAGACUUCUGUUCAGCAACUAAAUGAACAGUUAGAGAAGGCAAAAUUGGAAUUAGAAGAAGCUCAGGAUACCGUAAGCAAUUUGCAUCAACAAGUCCAAGACAGGAAUGAAGUAAUUGAAGCUACAAAUGAAGCAUUACUUAUUAAAGAAUCAGAAUUAACCAGAUUACAAGCCAAAAUUUCUGGACGUGAAAGGGCAGAAGACAUCAAGUUUCUACCAGCCCUGCUUACAUCUGCAACAGAAAUUAUGCCUGCCAUUCAAGAUCCAAAAUUUGCUAAACAUUCUCAUGCAGCUUUUUUCAAGUGUAGAAAACUACGUCGCUCAAUUAGUGCCAGUGACCUUAGUGUCAAAACUGGUAGUAAUGAAGAUCUUUCUGAAGAAUUACUACAAGACUUAAAAAAAAUGCAAUUAGAACAGUCGUCAACAUUAGAAGAAAGCCAGAAGGAUCUGACUUCUACCCAGCCAGACUCAUUUAAACCUCUCACAUAUGACAUAGAAGAUGAUAGUUCUGAAAGUAAUGACUUCAGUACUCUUAGUGGAAUGCUAAGAUAUAUAAACAAAGAAGUGAGACUAUUAAAAAAGUCUUCUAUGCAAACAGGUGCUGGUAUACCUCAGGUAUGUAUCUGGGCCCAUGGGCAGUCACUGUAUUGCCCAGUAUCUCCAAUGAGUAAGUUCUCACCAGAAGAAUACAAGCAAAAUGAUGUGUACCACUUCAGUCUUGAACUCUUAAGUAUUACAUAUGUGCUCUUCCAAGGUCUUUCCCUUUCCCUACAGCCAAAAUUGCCUGCAUCCCAACUUCAACCAUGCAUGUGAAGAAAAUACCAUUGGGAAUAGCAAAAACAAAAACAAAAAAACAAAAAUAAUAGAAGCAACAUAGGUGUCUAAGUGAUCUGGAGCAUUCUCCUUGGCUAUUACAUGAGAGAA